UGGCGCGAGUGCGAAUGUGAGACGGCGGCCGUUGGCUCAGGCGCCCCCCACCGAGCGCUCCAGGUCCAGGGGCUACUCCUCAGCGCCCGCCUGGCACCGCCGCCGAUGGAUGUCCCGCCGCUCCCCGCGCCGCCACCUUCCGCCCCGCGCUGCCCGCCGGGUAGCGACACGAGCGACGUCCUGCAGCAAAUCAUGGCCAUCACUAACCAGAGCCUGGACGAAGCGCAGGCCAGAAAGCAUGCUCUGAAUUGCCAUCGGAUGAAGCCUGCUCUCUUCAGUGUGCUCUGUGAGAUUAAGGAAAAGACAGUGGUAAGCAUCUGUGGCAUUCAGGAAGAAGAUCCCCCGGACGCUCAGCUCACAAGGCUGGAUAAUAUGCUGCUGGCUGAGGGUGUGUCCAGGCCAGAGAAGAGAGGAAGAGGACCGGUGGUGAUGGCCAGCACAGCAACACCAGGUGGCUGUCCAAAUGACAAUAGCAUUGAGCACUCUGACUACAGGGCCAAGCUGUCUCAGAUCCGACAGAUUUACCACUCUGAGCUAGAGAAAUAUGAACAGGCCUGCCAUGAGUUCACCAUGCAUGUCACCAAUCUUCUCCGGGAGCAGAGCAGGAUGAGACCCGUCUCCCCCAAGGAGAUUGAGCACAUGGUUGGCGUCAUUCACAGCAAGUUCAGUGCCAUCCAGAUGCAGCUGAAGCAGAGCACCUGUGAGGCCGUGAUGACGCUACGCUCACGGUUCCUUGAUGCCAGGCGUAAGCGACGGAAUUUCAGCAAGCAGGCAACAGAAGUGCUGAAUGAGUAUUUUUAUUCCCAUUUGAGCAAUCCUUACCCCAGCGAAGAAGCCAAAGAAGAGUUGGCCAGGAAGGGUGGCAUCACGGUCUCUCAGGUCUCUAACUGGUUUGGCAAUAAAAGAAUCCGGUAUAAAAAGAACCUAGGGAAGUUCCAAGAAGAAGCUGCCAUUUACGCGGGUAAAUCAGCCACAGACGUCACUGAAGUCAGGGUCCCUGGGAGCCACACCAGCUGCCCAUCAACACCCAGCUCUGAUGCUGGCAUAUGUCCUGCCCUCUCCUGGGGGAACCAGCCCGCAGUCCCAGGUGAGUUGGGAACAGUCCCACAGAGCCCAGAUGGGUGGCUGAUCCUGAAAAUGGGCCAUCUUGAGGAAGUCCUCCACUUCCCAACCUGGCCUCAGGCAGGAUCCCUGGAGGUCCCAGCAACCAUGUGUGGUUCAUGUUGUGACAACUGCAAUUUGGCUAAGCCACCUCCAGGAGCACAUCUCUGCAGGACUCGUGCUGCAAAGACUGUCCCCGUCAUUCCUACCUCUGCCUGUGGCAGAAUGGUAACUCGUGGCACCCACCAGGAGCAGUCAGUGGAUACAGGACCUCAAAUGAGGGCUUUGGUUGUGGAAGGAAAGGAUUCCCCAUCCUGAGGGAGCGUGGGGAGGAGGUAGAAUCUGCCCCUGGAGAGAAAGGGGCAGGCACUCGCAGAGGAGGCCUGGAGGAAAGAUAGGGCCAUUCUAUUGCAAAUGUGGGGCUCUGCUGGGCUUAGACUCACCACCACCUUUCCAGGGCUGCAGUCCUAGCUAGAAAGAGUGCUUUGCAUCAGCCUCUCCUUUCCUACUGUCUGAUGAGGAGCUAUGGGUGCCCAACUGGCCAGAGAGAGGAUUCAUUUGGGGUGUGGCAAGAAAAUGAUCCAGGGGUCUCAGGCAGCUGACAUGCCCACUAUAACAGGCCUUGGGACCUCCCCAGUCUCCCUGGAUGGUCAUGGGGACAACCUAGUUGCAGGUGAAGCUUGUAGGACCCUAUAUAUGGAUUGUCCUGAAGAUACUGCACAGGCAUGACCACCUUGGAGCAAGGUUGUAUGGCAUUGGCCAAGGCCCUGCAGAGUCCACGUUCCCUUCAUGGAGGUGACCCCUGCAGAGCCAGGCAGCCCCCUCCUGACUUACCACCUCAGCCACUUGGAGGCUCAGAAUGGACACACACCCUACAACUGUCCUGGUAGUGGCUGCCACCCUCCUGUCACCAUGACAACUCCCAGCCAGGUGCAGGUGACAGUCCUUUUGCCCUUUGCACCACUAUGGCUUAGUCCCAUGGUUCAUGCAUAGCAGGUACAGGUGUGUAUAAGAUGAGUUGGGGGUGAGGGUCCCAGCCACCACCAGCCCUGGACCCACCAGGCUUUCCUACCCACCCCACCUAGCCAGCUGGGAAGACGGGGUCCUGGUAUAAAUGCCGCAACCUUCAGGCACCUACACCCAUAUUGUGCUCAGCAUGGCUGCCUUAUCCUGCCUUCAUCUGUCAGAGCACCUUCCACUCCCAGUGUCAGGCCCUAUGAAGACCCCUCACUCACAGCUACCUUCCAUGGUGUCCUGCACAGCCUGGGCAAGCACAGAUGCUCCAUGGUAGAACAGGUAGCCCUCCUCGGCCCUGGGCAUCAGCCCUGCCCUUCCCCAUUAAGCUCUUCCUUUUGGGACACAGACCUACUAUCCAUUUUCCUAACUAAGUGACAGCAUCCCAGGGCAGAGUAUGCCCUUGACAUCAUCUGUCUGAGCUCCUCUCAGACUAACAGACCUAGUGUACCCUGGAAGGCCUGCCUUGGGGAUACAUCAGCUGUGGUCAUUGCUCUCAUAGUCACUGCAUCUGAUAUUCAGUCUCUGUCUUUUCAGGCCAGUGGUAGCUGGGAGGGGGCCAACCCCUCCCCCCACUGUUGACCACUUCACCUGCUGGAGACCUUGGCAGUGUCAACUCUGACGUAUAAUUAAGUUUUGGGGAUAAGCAGAAAGCAAAUGAGCAGGAAGGAGAGCCACAUAGGUUCCUGUGCAUUGCACUUGAGUUGUUACUGCACAUGUAGCUGAUGACCUCAGAACACCCAGGACGACUGGAGGUGGUGAUCCUGAGCCCCCGGUUCCUGGGACCAGCCUGCUGGACUUCAAGAUGGCCAGAAAUGGCACUUAUUCUCCCACCUCAGUUGUUUUCUUACUAGUAAUUUUAUGGUAAGACUAGGAAUUGUCUCUUCUAGGACUUGUCACAAAUUUUCCCAUUAAAUUUUUUGGCUUAUUUUAAUUUUGAUGUUUGUUCACUAAACAGAUGUGUUUCGGGUGGUCGUUGACACUGUAGGCAUCGAUCAUAGCUGUGUCACACGCGAUGUGCUUCUGCUGCUCACCUAUGUUACCAUGUACCUACUUCCCACACUCCGUGGGGUUAUCUCAUUCUGUUCUGAUUUAAAUCUGUUCUGAGCUCAAAAUUUCAGUUGGAAUUAGUGUGCCACUUUGUUUUGUUUUUGCUGUUUU